UCCACAAAAGUAGAGCAAGAUAGAAUGAAGAAUGGUUUCAAGUUUCAUCUGUACUUCUCUGGCUUUCAUUUAGCUUAAAUAAGGUAUAUUGUAUUGAGUUCUACAGAUAAUAAUGGGUAGUUUGAUAAAAUAUUCGGUGCUCUGAUGAAUCUGGUAGCAAGGAAGGUGUUAAGAAUGUUUAUCUCACAAGUUGAUUUGAGUUCGUACAAUCCCAAUACUGUCAAAAUUAACAUUUUUAGCUAGGGUAACAUUUUCCCCCUUUUUUGCCUUCCCAUACUACCCCUGGAUAAAACACGUUCGCUUAAACUGUUAAAACUAUUGGCUAUACUUUAAAAAAUAAGAUUAAUUUGUAACAGUGAUUUAUUGACUUUUAAAGUUAAAAAAAUUUAAACGAGCGAUUCACCGAUAAAAGCUAUAAGUAAAUUAAUAAACAAAAAGAUAUAUACAAUUAAAACUACAGCAUUAAAAGUGAAAUGUGAAAUCGUGCAUGAAUUACCAAACCGACCUCGAUAGAACUGAUGCGUCUUUAGUUGUGUCUCAACAACAAUGAUAACAGUGAAGGCUAGGGGAGGCUAAGUGUAAGCUACGGAGAAUGUAAAACGGCAAAAGAAUAAGUAGAGUUACCACACAAUCUUGUUAGAGUAGCUAAAGUUUCUGUUUAGAGCGAAGAGACCCGUAGUCAUGGUAACAACAUAAACUAGAUCGCGUCUAACAAAAAAAACGGAACUCCGAAAUCGCGUUUAACAUUCCGAGACUCCGAGACCGUGGUAGAAAAGAGACUCUGAGACUCCCAAUAUUUUGAAAAAAAAAGAGAACAUUCUCACAAAACUUCACAAUUUCGAGACUUUGCAAAAUUUCAUAACGAGACUUUCGAAAUCUCGUGGUAUAUCGCUACCCAUCUCUAUAUAUCAUGUAUAUAGAUAUUUUAUUCUCUUCAGCGAGCUUUCUGCUCCACCCAAGUCACCAUGGUUAUUACUGGUUACAUUGUAUACCUAUUGAUGAUGUUAGUCUGCGCGACCGCACAGAACAGGGGUGAUUGUUCUAGAAAAGCAGUAUUCAAGCUCAAGUAUAAAGGUCGCAGUUUACUAAACCACGUGAUAGCUGAACAUGACGUCGAAGACAACUUCGAUUGCACCUUUGAGUGCUUGACAAACCCUCAAUGCGUGUCCCUUAACUUCGAAAAGAAUGCCUCGUCACCGACAUGCGAGCUCAACAACAUAACAGCCGCCGCUGCGCCGAGCUCAGACCUUGCCUCCGAUUCAACAAAAGACUACUAUGAUGCUACCGGCGAUUACGUUUUACCUGUUUGCGUCGGUUAUCCUUGCAAGAAUGGUGGUACCUGUAUCGAGUCGUGCGACUGGAGAAAUUAUGAGUGCCAAUGUGCAUCUGACUAUACUGAUGAAAACUGCCAAAAAUGGAUAGGUCCUGGAUCUUCCGAGAACUCCCCGGCAAAAUCCUGUUUACAGAUAUUGUCAAGUUUCGUCGGCAUCAAACGAGGAAACGGUGUUUACUGGAUUCAGCCCGUUCCAUCGGUCUCUCCCUUCACAGUCUAUUGCGACAUGGUUACUGAUGGAGGUGGAUGGACUGCGAUCAAGAAAUGGGAAGCAACAUCGAAUCCUUUCUCAACGGAAAACACGUGGUCUGAUUAUGUGCGAUUGUCCGAUUAUCAUGACCCGCAGUACCUUUUCAGCGCUCCCACCAUGUUGAAACUGAAGCAAGACAUGGGCUAUGAUCAGAUGCGGUUCUACUGCUACAAAGAGUCAGUCAAACGAGUGGUUCACAUCAUGACGAACCAGGACGAGCACGGCUACAGCGCCGUCAGAUUUCUUACGGAAUACCCCAGUCCCAACCCCCAAGCUUGCGAGUCGUUUACUCGACUGCCAGACGAUACCUCUUUUCUGUCUGGAAACUGUGCUCUGUGGGGGGAUCUUUGCGACGGCACGAAUAACUGCAACUACUGGGGGCACAGCGCCUAUGAAGGGAACUGGAGGUCUUUGUGUCGACAGGCGGUUUACAAGAAUCAAGUAACGAUGGCACUGCAUAUGAUUUGCUUUGUAGGAGAGAAACUGUAUUGUGAUGACAGUGUAGGAAGAGAUGCCUCAAUUUCUGUUGGAGAUAAAUUUAUGUUAUACGUUCGAUGAGGGAAAAUAGCCACUUGUCUUAUAGACUCUUCAUUGACAUUAGAAUAUAAAGCCACUAUCGUCAUCAUCAUCAUUACUAUCAUCAUCAUCAUCAUUACCAUCGUCAUCAUCUUCAUCAUUACUGUCGUCAUCAUCAUCAUUACUAUCGUCAUC